AUGCACACAAUUUCUCGUAAGUUUUCACAUUUUGCGUUCAACUGUACCGGUCUAAGUGGAGGAGUGAAAAAAGUCAGUUUCAAUGUACUGGAAGGUUAUGCCUACGGGAAACUGAAGGACAACUCAAGCAACGAGUGGACGGGCACGGUAGGAGCUCUGCAGUCAGGGGAAGCUGACCUCACUGUCUCUGAAUUGUCCAUCACUGAGGAGAGGUUGAAAGUUGUUACCUACACCCAGCCUAUCUAUAUCAUCAGCCGUAAACUGUUUGCGGCCACCCACGAGGACCUUGCCAAGAAGAUGUUUGCCUACACAACCCCAACGGACACAGCUCUGUACCGGCGCAUCCCGGCUAACACGACAGGCCUCGCCAGCAUCCUCUUCUUCAUCGAGCGACUCCAGAGGUGCUACAUACCCACGGGGGAGAAGCCUGUUAGCAUGGGAGUUGCUGCUGGCUGGUACAUGUUGUCAGCUCUCCUACAACAAGGCUCCAACACCUACCCAAUCAGCACUGCAGCACGGGUAAUCUACUGGGUUGGCUACAGUGUGUCCCUCAUUGUGUACACAUCAUACUCUGCCACACUGGUCUCACAUCUUGCUGUGGAGCAGCCUGCACCUCUGCCAUUCAGUAGAUGGCCUCCACACUCAGGCUGCUCACAGGCCUCCACAGACACAAAUCCAGCCCUUGAUUUGUAA